UAAAUCUGUUCUCAUUUAGUGGUAUUUAACCUGUCAAAAUAAGCAUUUAUCACUCCACAGGCAUGGCUUUAUAAAGGAAUACUUCUCCAAGUAAAAGAAAUAGAUGACAUCAUGUACAAGGUCAAGAGUGCCUCGUUAUCUUUAUACAUACUUUACAGCAUUUUGUUAUCAGUAAUGUCCCAUCAUAUAUGUAGAAAUUCGAUAUUUACUGUUUAUGCACAGCUUUUACCUUUGACCAUAAGGAUAUUGUUUUCUUGUUCAACUCUACAAUUUAAAUGUUCCUGCCCGAGGGAGUAAUACACAUCAAUGCAGCUGACAGAUUGGGUUGCAUUGAUGACACUCCUGUAACACCGUCUUGUAGGUGUAUCCUCAGGUAAUCGAACAAGAAAUCAUCGAAGUGGGUUAAAACAACAAUCGAGCACAGGACGGACGUGACAUAUUUUAUAAUUACUCUUACAAAUGACAAAUUUGAUGGAUUAAUUAUGUCUUUAAUAUACAUAUAGUACAUUGUUCGAAUAAAAAGUUUACGCGUUGAAUUCCAGUUUUAUAUAUAAUUAGCAUACUGAAUGUUAUUUACAAGUGUUGGUUUUAAUGAGUGAUAACGACUUUAGACUUUUAAAAAAAAGUGUUGAAGGAAUUUAAGCGCAGUUCUCUACGUUAACGUUUUUUAACGGUGAAUAUUUAUCUAAGAAAGGGAAAAAAAGUAUUAAAAAGUAUUGAAGUGAAGCAUAAUUAAACAAAGGAACGUGUUUUAAUAGGGGGGAAACGCUACAGAAUCUAUAGAAAUAGUGUGAAAGUGUUAAAAUGGCAAGAAGGACCUUGGAUAUCAACCCAGUUUUCAGCCACAAGAAGUCGAUAGCUUUGGUCGACACGGCCGAGGAACUUGUGGACAGCUUAGAUAAUUUGUCCGUUUGUCUUAAACAUAUAGAUGAAAGACAUGUUCAGAAUGGAGAAGCGUCAAAAGGAGAAGGAAGUUUAUAUGAAAAACUGAAAGAGAACCUCGAAACUGCACGAGACCUCACUGACACGUUGAAGCGGGAAAAAUGGCGGCUCAGCAGACGACAAAUGAGUGUAGAGUUACGAAUGGGAGAACUGGAGGAUUAUAAGUCACAUCUAAAGCAAGAUAUGACGGACAUGAAUCAGACAGUGGAGUCACUGAGCAUGCGCAUAAUUCAACUGGAAUACAUGCUUGUCGAAGCCCAAGAGUUGCAGGAACAUACUGAAGCUGAAAGAGCUGUCACACAAAAGCGCCUAGAUGAAUCAGAGAAAACAAUAAAAGAUUUGGAAGACAAACAGGCGAAGAUGACCGAGGAAAUCCGACUGCUUAAACUUGAAAGGAAGGACUCCGUUUUGAAAAGGCAACAUAGUGAACUUACCGACAGGAUCGAAAUUCUCAUGCUUGAAAAUAAAAGCCUUAAAGAACUUAUCCGCGAGAAAGAAGACAAUGAACAACAACAAGAGGCAACUACUAAAAGUUUAAGUUCUGACUCUAAAGUGAACGGACAAACUGAAACAGAAAAUGAAGUGACUGAGAACGGAAGAGCAUGUCAUGAAAAUACGAUGGAUCAGAAUAGCACGAAAUCCUCGCGUUCAUCAGUGUUUACAGAGACCACGGAAAUAGCUUAUGUAUAAAAUUGACGACUUGUAGAAACAUCAUACAACUUUGGAAACGUCUUCCUUGAAAGUGUUUUGUCUUAUUUAUUUUGUCAUUUGAGUCAUUGUGAACUUUGGAAAUAUUGAAAACAGAUUCAAAAUGUG